AUGCAAUAGACAACAUUAAAUUCGAAGAAACGACGAAUAAAUUCAAUAAAACAAACAAAUUUAGCAUCUAUUGUUGAUGAUGAUGAUUUAGAAACUACAACGAAAAAAAAACGAAAAUCUUCGAAAAAAAAAUCUGAAUUGAUAACUUCAUCACAAGCAACACGGGCUGUUACUACCCUUGAAACAAUAACACCACGUCAAGAAGAUUCUGAUCAAAAUAGUGUUAUAUUAUCUGGUCAAAGUCAACAAUAA